AGAUUCCAGAUUGCAACCCAAAGCUGACGUCACUUGUGUUGAGAAGCUGUUGUUCAUUUGUAGGUUGUGUGUACCGAUUUUGGAGGAUUUAGACGAGUGAAAGUAAAGAAUAUACACGAUGCCUAAUAUAAAGCUACAGAGCUCAGAUGGGGAAAUAUUUGAAGUAGAUGUGGAAAUUGCCAAACAGUCUGUGACAAUCAAGACCAUGUUGGAAGAUUUGGGAAUGGAUGAAGAUGAAGAAGAAGCUGUUCCUCUUCCUAAUGUAAAUGCUGCCAUAUUAAAGAAAGUAAUCCAGUGGUGCACCUACCACAAGGAUGACCCACCUCCCCCUGAGGAUGAUGAAAACAGAGAGAAAAGAACAGAUGAUAUAAGCUCUUGGGAUGUGGAAUUUUUAAAAGUAGACCAGGGGACAUUGUUUGAAUUAAUACUAGCAGCCAACUAUCUAGAUAUCAAGGGUUUACUAGACGUGACCUGCAAAACAGUGGCUAAUAUGAUCAAAGGCAAGACACCAGAAGAAAUCAGGAAGACCUUCAAUAUCAAAAAUGAUUUUACACCUGCAGAGGAAGAGCAGGUACGGAAAGAGAAUGAAUGGUGUGAAGAGAAGUGAAGAAGUCACAUGUGCAACAACAAGACUUUAAACAUCGUGUCAAAAUGCCACCUUGAAGACCUCUCUCAAGUCACUUUUAAUAUGUGGAAAGUUGAUAUAUAGACAUAUAUGUAUAUGCUCCUGUUGUGGUGUAUUUUAUUGUGGUACAGCAGUCAUUUUACUGACAUAAUUACAGCAUUGACAACACUGUGGUGUAUAUUUUGCUGGCUGUACCUUAUAUUCUUCUGAUUCAUUGGAUUCUUCAAUGUCAACCAGCCUGCAAAACUGAAUCUGUUGAUACCCAAUAGAAUCAGAACUUAGCCACUCUAAUCCAAGUUUUCCUGAUUUUAAACAGACUUUCAGCACAAGUAGUAUUCCAUCUUACAUACACCUGUAUAUAUUUCAUGCAGCUUGCUUAUAUGAUCAGAAUUUUGUUUUUUGUCGUCAGAUUUGUUUCAUUUAAUAAAUUGAUAAAUAAGUCAGUUUUUAAGCGAUCA